UUUUGUUCUCCAUUGGACAGUCUUUGGCAUGAAACAUCAACCACAACGUUCUCGACUGGGUCUUAGUUGGGUGGUGGGUUCGUUUCUUGUUACAUCACAUAGUCUGUGGAAACACUUUUCCAAAAGUUACAAGUGUAGAUUGAUUUGUCAAAGGAACUUUCAGUCAAGCAGAGUUUGGAAAUAUUGUCAAAGACCACCUCGUUUGUUGCGUUAUUUUGAGUUGAAAGAGUCACCAUCUACGUCUCGUAGCUAUUGGACAAGUCACUACGCUCAUUGGAAAAUGCAACACAACUCCUCUUUGCAACCUCAAACUUGGGUAGAAAACAGUCAUCGUUUUCCAAGACAUAUCGAAUUUCGUUCGGAUAAACUGAGCAACUUUGGUGGAGAAUUGCUAGUACUGGGUUUAGAAGAGUCUCAAAAACAACAGGAAGAAGUACAUCCAAUACCUUCCACUCUAGUGGAUCAACUAGAUAAGCAACAACAGGAAGCAAUAUACUCUCUUCUAAAGGAGACCCGCUUUCAAGGCAAGUUGGGAAGUAGUCAGUAUCAACGAAUAUUUCUACCCGGUGUGGGUAUCAGAUAUAUUGCUUUGUUUGGACUCGGCAAAAUAGAAAACUCCAACACUACAACAACGAUCGACAUCAGAAGGAAAUUGGGUGCAUUCAUAGGCCAAAUUGCUCUUCAGUAUAAAACUUGUACAAGUGCAGGUAUAUGGACCUCGUUCUCUUCCUGGACACAAGACCAAAUACAAGCAUUAUUGGAAGAGAUUAUGCUUAGCUCGUACAAAGACGAUCGAUUCAAAGGUACUCCAGACGAGACUGACUCACCUUGUAUUAAAGAAGUUUGUCUACUUGAUGAGACAAAAGUACAAUCUUCCACAGUCACAAAGGCUAAGAAUAUGGUCUCGGGUAUUAUCAUGACCAAGGAGUUGGUGUUUGCUCCAGCAAAUAGUGUUACUCCAACAUUGUUAUCUCAAGUAGCUAUUCAUUUAGCCCAACAAUAUGGAAUGGAAUACAAAAUACUGGACAAGGAACAAUGUCAAAAGAUGAAUAUGGGUUGUUAUUUGGGUGUUGCACAAGGGUCCUCAGAACCUCCCAAGUUUAUCCAUUUAAAGUAUUCUCCUGUGCAAGGACCAGUGAAAAAGAAGAUUGCUUUGAUUGGAAAGGCAAUUACCUUUGAUUCUGGUGGUUACAAUUUGAAAGCAGGAGUCGGUUCCAUGAUUGAAUUGAUGAAAUUUGAUAUGGGAGGCUGUGCUGCUGUUUUAGGUGCUGCCAAAGUUAUUGGAGAAUUAAAGCCCAAUCAUAUCCAAGUACAUUUCAUUGCAGCUUCUUGUGAAAAUAUGAUAUCAGGAAAUGCUUAUCAUCCAGGAGAUGUAUUACAAGCUUCCAAUGGAAAAACAGUGGAAGUUAUCAAUACGGAUGCAGAAGGAAGACUUACUUUGGCUGAUGCUUUGGUUUAUGCAGAACAAAUCGAUACAUUCGACUGCAUCAUCGAUGUGGCCACAUUGACUGGCGCCAUCAUCAUCGCAUUGGGAAAUGAGUAUGCCGGUUUUUGGGCCAAUCAAGAGGAAUUGGCCAAACGUAUUGAAAGUGCUUCUCAACGUUGUGGUGAGAAACUUUGGAGAAUGCCUUUGGUCAAUGAAUAUAUGGAAUCUUUAAAGAGUAAGAUUGCAGACUUGAAGAAUGUGGGUGGAAGGGCUGGUGGUUCUAUAGCUGCUGCCUUGUUUUUAAGAGAAUUCGUGAAACAUGCUCCUUGGGCCCACAUAGAUAUUGCAGGUACUGUAUGGAAUGAGAAACAAUCAGUAGCUACAGGUUUCGGUGUGCGUACUUUAGUAGAGCUUUGUGAAAGUUAUUCACAAGAAUAAAGACAAGUAGGAAACCAAGAAGAAAAAAAAUUUAAAAUUUUCUUCAUUGUGUUGGGGCGCGCCAAAAAAUUGAAAAGCGUGUUGUUCUCUUUGUUGGUUUCGCUUUAUGUUAUGGAUGCUUUCCAAUCUGCAGCAUUGAUAAGAAUAAAAAAGGAACUAGAACAACUGUAUUCUAACCCACCAACUGGCAUAAAGGUAUGGACUAAAGGUGAUAACCUUUAUGAAUUGGAGGCAGAAAUAACGGGACCUGAAAACUCUCCUUAUGAAGGAGGUCGUUUUCUUUUAUUGAUACAGUUACCUUCUAGAUAUCCUAUUGGAAGUCUCAUCUUUAUCGACUCUGUAUGACUCUUGUCUAUUGUCCUGAAUAUAUGAUUUUAUUGUAUGAUUUUUCUUUGAUGCCUUGUAAUUUACCUCUUAAAUGUGUUUUUAUUUCUUGUUUGUUUGUGAUUUUUUUGUUAGUAGGCAUUCGUUUUUUGCUCGUAUAAGCUCAAUCGGGCAAGAUGCUCUCAUGG